AUGCCAGGAGCUGCGCUGAUGCUGGCUGGCAUGUUCUUCCGCGAUUCCGCCAUGGGUCGGCGGGCCAUAGGCUUGAGCGUGGCUGUGUUUGUGCUGCUGCUACUGGAGAUUGGUGCCGUGCUGUACUACAGCAGCGUGCAAAAGGAGUACAUGACUGCACUGCAAGAGAAGAACAUCGAUGCAUUCUACCAUGGACUAUGGAUGGUUGGGGCAGUCAUAGUCUUCAUCAGUCCUAUCAUCGCUCUUCAUGAGUAUACCUCAGGCAUGCUGAAGAUGACGUGGCGCUCAUCAUUGACCCGGCGUUUUGCUGGACUGUAUCUUGCAGCUCCCGGCUAUAGCGAGGGCAACCCGUUCUACCGACUUACCCUGACUGGGGAGAUCGACAACCCUGACCAGCGCAUUUGCCAGGCACGGCUCUGUGCAGCUGGCAGACGUGGUGCUAGGACAUUCCUGAACAUUGUCAGCUUCGCAGCCAUCCUGUAUGCAAUUUCUCCCGCAGCCUGCUACGGUGUGCUGGUCUAUGCCAUUGGAGGCACGUUGGUUGCUACGAAGGGCUUUGGGCCAUGGCUGGGAUUCUACCAGCUGCAGCGGGUGAAGCAGGAAGCUGGCUUACGCUAUGAUUUGAUCCGAGUGCGGGAAAACGCAGAGUCUGUCGCUUUCUUUGAAGGUGGUGAAGCCGAGUGGUCCAAAUUCAACACUUUGUUCUCCGGUCUGCUUCAGACCGUGUACAAGAGCAUUUUGGUCACCUCCGGCUUUGGAAUGUUCAACCGUUCCUUCCAUUGGGCCACCUUUGCAGUUGCGCCACUUCUCGUCGGCCCCGCAUACUUGCGUGGUGAAGUGCAGUUUGGUGUCAUCUCACAGGCCAGUAUGGCCUUCAAUAUAAUUCUGGGUGCCAUGACUCUGAUCAUGGACAAGUUGGAGUCUUUGACCGAUGUUGCUGUUCGAGUACGUCGACUGGAAGACUUGGAGCUGUCCUUGCGAAAGUGCCAGAAUGAGACGCAGAUGGCCCGCAUGCCUGGACUGGCAGGUGUGAAAUGCAUUGCAAGUGCGGAACCUUCCCCGAACGACCCAGCCAUGCUGCGCUUCAGUGAGGUCACGCUGAGAACUCCUCCUCGGCAAGGCAUCUUGCAGCAAACCCUGUGCCACAAUCUCUCGUUUGAGCUAGUCGGCAGCCAGUCCCUGCUCAUCGUUGGUGAGAGCGGCAUUGGAAAGAGUUCCUUGCUACGUGCUGCAGCUGGCCUGUGGACGGAUGGUCAAGGCACACUUCAGCUCUGCAAACGAGAGCAGGUCUUCUUCAUGCCCCAGAAGCCGUACAUGUUUUUGGGCUCGUUGCGGGACCAGCUUUUGUACCCACACGUGGACGAGAGCUUCAUUCAGGACGCAGAAUUAGAAAAGGCUCUCAAACAGGUGAACCUUGGUCACCUGUUGGAACAGCACAGCCUGUCAGAGUCGAAAGAAUGGACCAGCUUGCUGUCACUAGGACAGCAGCAGCGCAUCAACUUUGCUCGGGUCCUACUGCGUCCGGACAUGAAGAUGGCCUUAAUAGACGAGGGAACCUCUGCCUGUGACCCUGCGAAUGAAGCAUUGCUGUACGAACUGCUUGGACAGCGGCUUUGCAGCUAUGUUUCUAUCGGGUCCGUGCCCAGCAACGCAUCGUCACCAGAACGAACUCAAAAACUUCCGCUGUCAAGUGCCAUGUGGGCACGCCGCAUCGGUGCGCCAGCACGAUGUCCGUCGCAAACCAGAGUCAUUGUGCAGAGCAUGAUGAAUGGAGCGAUCGGGCUGGUUGUCUAUCAGUAUAUGGACAGCCUGUCAGCGGGUAAUUUGGAUUACACGUUGGAGAGUGUUGGCAAGUCGAACCUUACCUGCCUCACGGGCUGGCUCCGCCGCAAUGAGCUGACAUCCUGGACGCAGUAUGAGACGUGGAGCCGAUGGUGGGAGUAUCAAAACGGUGUCGACUAUUAUGUACUCAACAACACAUGCGCCCCAUUCCCAAGCAGCGCGUUGGACCAAAGUUGCAAAGACAUGCGCGUUCCUGUCCAUGAAUUUGAUAAUCGGCUUGGCUACCCACUGGGCCUUGGAGAGCAGGUCAGCGUCAACAACGAAAUUUUGUAUGCCUUCGCAUAUACCUUCCUAGUUCUGGGGAUCCUUAACUUGAUCGGUUUUGCUGUGCACGAUCUCACCCUCCUAUCCAGACGUCAGCAGAAUUAUGUCCUGGACUGGCCAGCCUUCAACGAAGGCUUUCCAAUUUUUCGCCGGUUCACGAGACUGUCAGGCAUCACCAUACUUCGAACACUCUUCUCUAUAGAGGGCACCGGCAGCAAGCUAGCAAAGCUAAUAGGCAUCAUUCUGACCCCAAUCAUUACAGCCUGGGCGCUCGUGUUUCUGAUCUUCAUCGUGACUCCUCUCCUGCUAGUACUGUACAUUCGUUAUCCGGUGCGCCUCAGUCGCUUCGCAGUUUUCCUGACGCUAAUUGCGACAGCCGUGUUCGGCCUGACCAUGGCUAUCAUCCCGUUAGUUUAUCUGGUAAAUCUGAAUGAGCGCCCGCGGUAUGCAUUGGUCUAUGAGGUGCAGGGCUACAGUCCUGGAAGUUGCUACUGUGGUUGCUCCUACUUCAUUAACGCUGCUAGUCUGGUGCGAAUCUUCGCAAUUGGAGCUGGGGUGGUCUUCACCUCCUGCCUCUCUGCCUUCCGCUGCCUCAAGGGACUUCGUCGAGCACAGUGGGCUAACCUAAUGUCGGUACUGUUUCCCAUUCCCUUGACUGUCUACUCUGUCUUCUGGAACACCCCCACGGGUGAGCCGAUCCGGCACAGAAAGGAGGGCGAGCCGGUGCAAUCGGAACUUGCGUUCGAUCCCUUUGCUCUGAUGGACGAGCAGCCGGAGAGCCGAUACAUGACGGUUACCCUGAAGCCAGAGUUUGCAUAUGAUGUGGAUGAGCAUGGUCGGUGGAAACCCAUGGGGGACCGCAUGAUAGACGGGCCAAAGCUGCCGGAAUUGAGAAAGGGCGAGCUCUUCAAGCAACCAACGGAAGUGAUUGGCUGCUGUGGCUUCCCCUGCCUCACUGGUGGCUAUCAGGUCAUCUACGUUAGUGAUGAUGAGGAGGAGCCCCACGAGCCUGCGCUGCAGCCGUUGGCUUCUCUGGCUUCAUUGGAUGGUGGUCUCACUCCCCAAGUGCUUGGAGUUGAUUCCUUGGAUACCAGCGCUGAAGAAGCGUUGAAGAACGUGAGGUCCAAACACACAGCAGCCUCCAACAAAACCGCGAUGACACGCAGGUCACGCGGUGAGUCGAAUGUGUCAAUGAGCGAAGACAAGGCCCGGGCCCGACGGAUUCACGCAGUGGCCACCCUGCGGGUAGCUCGCGGGUCUGAGGAGUCGGGUAGCAGAGCUGGCUCGCCACUUCCAAGUCCUGUCGGCGGCAGUGUAACCUCGAAGCAGGCCGUUCCUUUGCCCCCUGGGCCUGUGGAUAGUGGAGUGAGUGUGCUCACUGCAGACCUUGAGAAGCAGGAGACGAACGAACAGAAGCUUUCACUGUGA